UGUAUUGAAAUGAAAAACUGACUUCCCUUUGACAUGUUUACUUAUAAACAUGUAUUCGUAUUUUGCGUAUUUUGCAUUCUUGCAAAAAUAUGCCAUUCGGCAAUGCGAACAUUACAGGUAGAACAGAUCUUUGACAAUAAGGUCGUGAUGGAUAAUUUUCUAGCAGAAUACGGCCAUUCAACGUCUGCUCUAUGUUCUGUUGUUUGUCAGCAGGAGACGUGUGAGUGCUUCGGUUUCAACUCAAUCACUAAAACGUGUCGAGUUCAUACCUUCUGUAGACCAGAUAAUACAUUAAUUGAAGAAUCAGGAUGGAAAUAUUACAGAUCUCGAGCAGACUGGGAUACUUUCAUGAACUCUGAGUACCUAUUGAAUGACACAGUUGUUACGUGGAGUGUGGCCCAGACGAACUGUAUGAUCAAAGGAGGUAAAUUAGCUGAAAUUGAAUCUCCUGAAGAAAACAAUUAUAUCAUGUCGCUUGUGAUGAAGUUGACGGAAAACGUGUGGCUGGGAGGAACAGACCAGGACAAAGAAGGAUCGUGGGUGUGGCAGUCAACCAAAGAACCAUUAUCAUACAAGGCAUGGGCUACGGGUUAUGGUGAACCCGAUGACUACAACAACCAGGAUUGUUUAUGUGUAUAUAGACCUUACGGAUUAAAUUGGAGUACCUGUUGGUGUUGGAUACUACUCCAGUACAUUUGCGAAAGAGAACUGUUUAAUUGACCGGUUCAACUUAUAUCGUUUUCUGCUCUAUAAUGCAAUAUAAUAGUGGGUCAAAGAGUACUUGGAACAUGCACACACUUUAAUUACAUAAUAGUAAAAACGAACAGUUUAUGAACAAUCUGCAAUGUUAUUUUCACCUUUAGUAUUGUUUUUCAUGUCGCGUGUCAGUUUACUAUGACUUACCUUUAAUCCAUGAAAUUCGUACACAAUUGAAACAAGUUAAAUAUGGGGUUUUACCAAAAUGGAUCAUUACAUUGAUAUCAACAACACACGCAUUAAUAACAAAGCAAUUGCGUUAAUCAGAUUCCAUAUCCCUUUUACCAAAUUACGAUAAUUCACUAUUCACAUUAAUUAUCAAAAAAAACAAACAAACAAACAAAAACAAAAAAACAAUCAUAGCUUCUUUAAUACGUUUGCUUGUGUGUUGUUUAUUAUAAAUCUUGCUAAUCUUUUCCAGUUCUUGCUUAUUUAACAAUUAAAAGGGUAAUAAAUGUUUAAAACCCCACACAUGAUUUUUGAAUUGUUGCGUUUGAAUAUUUUGUGGAUUUCACACUUAUGAUACAUUUAUUCAACAAAGAUAUGAAUGCUUUGAAAAAAGUACAUAGAUUCUAUAAAUUGCGAUUUAAUAUUGAUUUUAGGUAGAAGAUGUA